AUGCUUUGCGAUCCAGCUUCACGUCCCCAAUCACCAUUCCUUCGAGCUACACCCACUCAUUCUCCUCAUAUACAUCAUCAAUCAUUCUAUCCUACCCCUUCUCCUGGUCAAUCUUCUUCAAGGAUAUACCCAUCUUAUCCUACUCCACCAACAAGUGGAAGUGGUCAACCUACUCCUAUCCCAUCAUUACCUUCUCACCAACAUCAACAAUCAUUUUCCGUUCCUCCCACCCCUUCUCUCUCUCAAAGACCAACAUUGUCCCACUCGCAAUCCCAAAGACCCGUCCCCUCAUCGUCGUCAUCAUUUGUCGGAAGACCAUCCAAACCAUCAAAGAAAUCAUCGGGCUCCACGAACCAAAAACAGAAGAAUGUACAAUUGUCGUUGGAGUUGAAAGUGGAAAAAGCAAAAGGAUUUCAUGCGUUCUUCGUACCGUUGUGUAAAAAUUUACCACCACCUCCUCCCUCUUCACCUGUUAAUGGUCAUCCCCCACUACCGCAAACACAAACACAAACACAGACACAAAUACAGACGGGCGAUUACUUUGGGCAGUGGAAUAAGGCAAAGAGCCAUGAUCAAUGGGUAGAAGAUAUUUCCAAUUCGUUUAAUAAACAGAACCAACAUCAACAUCAAAAUCAGAGUGGUGGGGAUGGGAUGGAAGUUGAUGCUCAUUAG